AUGGGGGAAACGCUAUCUACAAACUCUUUACCAGACUUCCGAGAUGGACAUAAUUUCUUUACUGUCUUCGCAGUAUACUUCCCUGCAGCCACUGGUAUCAUGGCUGGAGCGAAUAUCAGCGGAAACCUGAGGAAUCCUCAGGUUGCGAUCCCACGUGGAACGCUGGCUGCGAUUGCGGUGUCCGCAGCAAUCUACACGCUCUUCGCUAUGAUAUCUGGUGCCACAUAUACUCGAGAUGCGGAUUGCACCUAG